AUGGCAACCGUGAUACAAACCAGAGGACUUCUCUCCUUACCCGCCAAACCCAUCGGAGUGAGGAGCCUUCUCCAGCCAUCCCACGGCUUAAAGCACAGACUUUUCGCCUCCAAACGGAGAAAUCCACCUGCCUUGUCUCUAUCCUCUAACGGCCACCAGAAAUUUCAAUCCUUGGAGCCAACCCUUCCCGGGAUUUCCAUUUCCCACAAGGCGAGAAGCACCGAGUUCAUAUGCAAGGCGGAGGCAGCGUCCGCCGGCGAAGGCGACACGGCGGCGAUUUCAGCGUCGCCGAAGAUCUUCGGCGUGGAGGUCACGACCUUGAAAAAGAUAAUACCUUUAGGGUUGAUGUUCUUUUGCAUUCUGUUCAACUACACAAUCCUGAGGGACACGAAGGACGUCUUGGUGGUGACUGCGAAAGGGAGCUCAGCUGAGAUUAUACCUUUCUUGAAGACGUGGGUCAAUCUCCCUAUGGCCAUUGGCUUCAUGCUCCUCUACACCAAGCUCUCCAAUGUUCUCUCCAAAAAGGCUCUCUUUUACACCGUUAUCAUCCCUUUCAUCCUCUACUUUGGGGCCUUCGGUUUCGUCAUGUACCCUCUCAGCAACUAUAUUCACCCCGAAGCUCUUGCUGAUAAGCUCCUCGCCACUCUCGGCCCAAGGUUCAUGGGUCCUCUUGCUAUCCUGAGGAUUUGGAGUUUCUGUUUGUUUUAUGUCAUGGCUGAGCUUUGGGGUAGUGUCGUCAUUUCUGUUCUCUUCUGGGGCUUUGCUAAUCAGAUAACAACUGUGGAUGAAGCCAAGAAAUUCUAUCCUUUAUUCGGACUUGGAGCCAACGUUGCGCUCAUUUUCUCUGGAAGAACGGUGAAAUACUUCUCUAACUUGAGAAAGAAUCUUGGUCCUGGAGUUGACGGAUGGGCAGUUUCACUGAAAGCCAUGAUGAGCAUUGUGGUUGGGAUGGGACUUGCCAUCUGUUUCCUCUAUUGGUGGGUUAAUACAUAUGUUCCGCUUCCUGCCCGUAGCCAGAAGAAGAAGAACAAACCGAAGAUGGGAACGAUGGAGAGCUUGAAGUUCUUGGUGUCAUCACCAUACAUAAGGGAUCUUGCUACUUUAGUGGUGGCGUAUGGUAUUAGUAUCAACCUUGUGGAAGUCACUUGGAAAUCAAAGCUUAAAGCUGAGUUUCCUAGCCCGAACGAGUACUCAGCAUUUAUGGGGGACUUCUCAACCUGCACCGGUAUUGCAACAUUCACGAUGAUGCUUCUCAGCCAAUACGUAUUUGAUAAAUAUGGCUGGGGAGUAGCAGCAAAGAUCACCCCAACUGUUCUGCUAUUGACUGGCGUUGCCUUCUUCUCCCUGAUACUGUUUGGCGGCCCAUUCGCACCACUUGUUGCCAAGCUUGGUAUGACUCCGCUACUUGCAGCUGUCUAUGUUGGUGCCCUUCAGAAUAUAUUCAGCAAGAGUGCCAAGUACAGCUUGUUCGAUCCCUGUAAAGAGAUGGCCUAUAUCCCCUUGGAUGAGGAUACCAAGGUCAAAGGGAAAGCUGCGAUUGACGUGGUAUGCAACCCGUUGGGGAAAUCAGGGGGUGCUCUGAUACAGCAGUUCAUGAUCUUAUCAUUUGGAUCACUAGCCAAUUCAACGCCCUACCUAGGAAUGAUAUUGUUGGUGAUUGUCACUGCGUGGUUAGCUGCAGCUAAGUCGCUGGAGGGACAGUUCAACGCUUUGAGGUCUGAGGAAGAGCUGGAGAAGGAAAUGGAGAGAGCUUCGUCGGUGAAGAUCCCUGUUGUGUCUCAAGAUGAAGGUUCCCUUGGAGAAUCUUCAAGCAGUUCACCUGAGAAAUCAGCUCCCACCAACAUAUAGAAGAGAGCUUUUGGUUUUUAGGGGGAAAGGAAUGAAGGAUGAAAUCGAAAAAUAAGAUUUUGAGAGUGAGAAAAGACCAAUCUCUCAAACAAUCUCUCUUUUGCACCACCACUCUUUUUUUAGUCUGUAGCCCAUUCUUUUCAGUUCAAUUUGGUCUUUACGUUAUAAGUGUGUUCCAUGAUAAAAUUUGUGUGUAUUGUUAAGUCAUAACAUCAAUAAGCUAGAUUUAGUU